AUGGGCAUUCAGCUACGAAAGCUGAUGCGUUCUCGCGUGAUUGUGGUAUUUGGCGCUACCAGUCGCAUUGGUCGUGCGGUGUUGGAAGCUCUCGCCGCUCAGGAUCAAGUGUCUGUCGCGCUUGUGGCCGCAGUCGAAAGCGCCAAAGACCCACGAGUGCAGCGGUUGAAGUCCGCAACACGCAGUUUUAUUGUGCAGUGCAAUUUUGCUCAAGGUGGCGAGGACUCACUUCGUCGGGCUGUGCGUAAUGCGGAUGCCGUGCUCCUCGUUCCUGCACUUUCCGAAAGUGGUGUACGUUUCUCACGGCGUGUCAUCGACGCUGCAGCAGCUGAGCAGGUCCCACGCCUCGUCGUGAUCAGCAGCAUCUUGGCGUCACCGGAGCUGUUGAGUCGAUGUCGUCAAGAACACGCGAAGGACCGACCAGCCACUGAAGCUGUAGGUUCGACUUCGACGGAUGUUGCUGCUCUGGAAGGCUACGAGGCAGUGGAAGUUCACGCGAGGAACCGGCUUCCCGAACAAGGUCGGUGUGUAUCCCUGCGGAUCCCCCUCCUCAUGGAAACGCUGCUGUACUGUCGUGACGAGCUGCUCUUCGCAAACCGGUAUGUCGGGUGCUUUGCGCCAGACACGCACGUGCCCUGCAUUGCCGUGCGUGAUGUCGGAUUCGCAGCUGCCGAGGUACUGGCAAACCCAAAACGGAAGUACGAAGCGGUGUACCGCUUGACUGGUGGGAUUGGCGCAAGCUGCAGUCCGAAUGAACUGGCCCAUUAUCUGAAGGGCCAUCUCGGACGGGACAUUAAGUACCGCAAGUUGAGCGACGCGGACUUUCUUCGUGUGAUGAAAGAGAAAGACAUCCCCGAUCAAGUGGCUCAAGGCACGGUCGGACUCAAGCUUUUCCUCGAAGAGCGAGAGAAGAGUGGAGAAGACGCGAGCAGCAACAACAACCACGGAAAGUCGGCGAGCCAGACUCGAGAAGAAGGAGCUCACUUGCUGCAUUUGCCGGAAGCGUUUCGCAGCACGAGCAAUUUUCGGCAGCUUACCAAGCGAGAUCGGACAACCCCCCGCCAGUGGCUGCAGCAACAUGCGACGUCGCUGUUUGCGCGCACACCGCAGAACCAAGUGCAGCUAUUCGUAGUGGGCUCAGGUGAGGCGCUAUUUCUCGAGGUGAGCAAGUUCGUGGCUGAUCAGAUUACGGCUCCAUCGUCGCUGCCGGCGCGCGAGGUGGGUGAGAGUGCUGUUCCGACUGUUCUUUCCGGCCGUUCCAACACCGUGGGCGAUCACGGAGGCCUGGCGCAGGCCAAAGUCACGCUGUGUACGGUCAAGUCGGCCCCAGGGAGUGCCGAACGCAGCAGGUCGUUUGGCGUGCCGUCGGGACCGACUGUGUAUCAGCUCGAAGGUGCUCCACCAUACCCCAUGGACGAUUUGCUCAAGCAGCUGUCGUCGCUGGAUGUCGUGCUGCUCAUCCCCCCUCUGCGACUCGGUGGCAGGGCUUGUCUAGACGUGGUGCGGGCCGUUGUCCAUGCAGCGGUGCGUGCGAACGCGUGGGGUGUGGUGCUGGUGAGCUCGAUUUUUGUGGGCUCUCCGACUCUACAGCAGAGCGUGAUCCUCGAGCAGCUCGAAGAGAUUGAGAGCUGCGUGAAGACGUCAGGCGUCGCGUACACGAUCUUUCGUCUCCCGCUGUUCAUGGAGUACUUCUUGGCGCUGUCGUAUUGCGACGAGGGUGGAAGCGCAGAGGAAGAGAAGCGCGAGACGCCUGCGGUCGGUACCGCCGAAUUCGAGUCGGACGUUGAAGCCCAAACGCAGGACGAAGUGGAGGCCGGAGAAGUGAAAGCGAUGGUGUCGUCGCCGCCGUCCCACCUCAUGUGGCCGCUCUUGGAGCCAUCGCUGGCGGCUGCGCGGGUGUACCUGAUGUCGCUCGAGGACGCGGCGAAGGCGCUCGUGGCGGCUGCGUUCACGUUCCCCCUGCAUCGCGGCAAGACGAAGGAGCUCUACACGCUGAGCGUCACGAUGACGGACGUCCAGCGCGUGUUGCAGCGACACGCGUACAGGGCGCGGCCCGUGCGGCUGAGCCGCGUGGACGCGUUGAGGGAGCAACAGGGCCGCGAGUUUUGGCGGGUGGCGUAUUGGCCUCGGGCGCAUACGCAGCAGUUUCUCGAGUGUGCAGUGGAGUUCGCGAGGGACGUGCGGACAGCUGCGGAUAGUGCCGAGCUGGUGGGAGGGGACGUUGACACGGCUGCGAUGGUGCUGCCCGUGUCGCAGAGCUUUGAAGACCUGACGGACAUUGCGCCAGCGACACUAGACCAGUGGGCCGAAAACAACGCGAAGCGGUAUACGCAGCUGCUCGCCGCUCACUGA